GAGAACGAAAGAGAAGUGUCAAGAUAUUGCAUCUGGCAGCGAGGUGGGCGUGACGUCAGCGGCAGAGGCUCAGUUGUUGUGGCUCAAGUGGCAGGAAAGGAUGGUAGGGUAGACGUCCAUCCAUUCUUCAAUUGUUUCGCUGAUAUUCCGAGCUGAUGCAGGAUCUUACUACCAAGAGUUACAUAUUCCAGUAACUUUCACAAACAACAAGGCAGGAAGUGGAGACUAGAUUUUUGUCAUGGUGAAAUAAAGGCAAAUUGAAAAAAAAAAUGUGAAGCCAGUCAUUCAUAGUGCAAGUACUUAACAUGCAUACUGCAUCUUUUUUCUGUAAUGUCAGACAGUAAUACAUUUUUUAUAUUUUUUAAGUCCAGGUUUAGGGUGCAUUGUGGAAGAUUGAAUUUUCAUGACGAUUAUAGAAAUAGAAUGAUAAUUCAGUAUGAGUGAGGAAAAGCCAUUUGUGUGUUUGUAUUGCAAUAAGAGAUUCAAUUGGAAGCACAAUCUGAAACAGCAUCUGAGGAAUCACACAAAUGACAAACCAUUUGAAUGUUCGUAUUGCGAAAAGAAGUUCAGAUGGAAGCACAACCUGUCGCAGCAUCUCAGGAACCACACAGGAGACAAGCCAUUUGAGUGUUCUUCUUGCAACAAGAAGUUUGACUGGAAACACAACUUGGAGACUCACAUGAGGACUCAUACAGGUGAAAAACCCUUCAAGUGUUCGUACUGCAACAAGGAUUUCAGCCAGAAGGGGCACUUAAAGGAGCACUGGAGAUUACACACUGGUGAAAAACCGUACGAGUGCACAUACUGCGAUAAAAAAUUCUAUGCAAAGUCAUGCCUGACAAAGCAUCUAAAACUUCAUGAAAGUAGUGAGGUUUUCCAGUGUUCGUAUUGUGACGAGAAAUACUCUGUGAAACGGGACUUUAGAAAACACUUGAAAAGUCAUGGAAUUAAGAAACCGAAACAGCUUCAUAAGUGUCCACAUUGUGACAAAGAAUUAACACAAAAAUGUCACUUGCAACGACAUCUAAGAAUACACACGGGGGAGAAACCUUUCUCAUGUUCAUAUUGUGGAAAGAAAUUCAUUCAGAAAAGUUCUCUGAACCAGCAUGAGAAACUUCAUAGAAAUGAGAAGCCUUAUGUUUGCACACUUUGUGAUAAAAGGUUCAGCCAAAAUUGUCACUUAAAACUCCACAUCAGAGUUCAUACCGGUGAAAGGCCUUACCAUUGCGAGCUUUGUGAAAAGAAGUUUGCUGCCAGGUCAGAUUUAACCAAACAUCUAAAAAUUCACACAGGCGAAAGGCCAUUUUCAUGUUCGUUUUGUGAUAAGAAGUUUAUUGGAAAGUCAGAAUUAACUAGUCAUAUGAAAAGUCAUAUGAACAAGAAGAGAAUGCAAUGUUCACUUUGCGAUAAAAGUUUUACUACAGAGACUGCAUUAACCCAUCAUAUGGAGUUGCUGCAUGUGGAAGAAGAUGGCAGUCCAAACUGUACCAGCAGUUUUGCCUUUGUCGCCAGCACAAGUAAUCAUGUAGACAAUGAAUCUGUUAAUGGGGACCCCGACCUGUCAGACAGCCGUUCCUCUAUAAUGGACGACCCUGCAAGAGAUCCACUCGAUGGCGACAGACCCGCGACACCACGGCAAAUGCCGGGUGAAGGAACCAGUGGCAGUCGAUGGCCCGAAAACGUGAUUUUCAUCAAGUCAGAAUAUAAUCCCGACAUCGUGAAGACCGAAAACUUCCCGCCUUCCGCAGCCAGAGACGUCGGCGUCGAGUCAAGGGCGGAUGACUUCGUGGAAACCAUCAAGACUGAAGACCACAUCACCAUCAAAGAGGAAGUCCCCUCCGACUGAAUUGUUUGUUUACAUGAUGUUUAUAAACUUUAGCGUCCAGUAAUGCCUCCUUGCUUCUGGUAUUUGUGCGUUCUCGGCGUCAGAGCUAGUCCCCCUUGUGUCAUCAGUAGACUGUAGUUGGUGUACUGUGUGCACUUCGCCCGGAAACUGAUUGUAGACCUUUAUUCGUUAUUCGUUUAUUUAAAGAUUAAAUAAAGCUGUA